AGCGCAAUUGCUGUGCUCGUCGUGCCGACUUCAGAUGGAUACAUGGCCGACGCUGGCUUCCUGGCCAAGCGCCUGGCCGGUGUUAAGGCUGUCACACAAAUAGUGAGCUUCGUUGAAUUCAACGACAGAAUCAAUGCCGAUUGCGGACAUCAAGAUCUCGAAUCCAACCUUCUAUGUCUACUCCCGCUGGCCAUCGGAGGAGCCUCAAUCGAUGCAGACAUCUCUGGAGACCAACUGAAGGUUCUGGAGUCACAAAUCCACAACAGGUUGCAAUGCACCUGGAUCUCACCAUGCGCUCUGAGUCGACGUCGAGUUUUCUACAUCAUUGACCACUUGUCUCUCUCGGCCACGCGCGGUAAAUGGCAGAUGGCUCUUGGCCUUGGUCUUGAUAUAGUCAUCAUCAGUUCAGGGCAGUGGUGGCUGGACCCGCAGGUGGUUGCAGAGUGGAAGUCGUUGGUCGCAGGCUUCAUUUCACUUGACAUCACUACCGACCGUGGUCUGCCAAGUCGGCUCGUCGCUGCUCUCAAGGGUAAUAUCGACAACAUUCACGGCCUGGUGCCGGGUGCGGAUAAGUACCUCACAGCAGUGGCCAAAGCGGCUUCGGCACUGGGUCUUCCCACUUCUUCGCCCGAGGCUUACACCAUUUCAACGAGCAAACAACUUACCAGAGAUCUUGAGAAACCGAUCGGAACCAGUUUCGAGAUCCGCAGCAUGACCGACCUACACAUGCACUUGAGAAACAGUCCAAUCCGGGACUACCCGCUCAUCUCCAAGCCAGCCCACGGCAGCAUGAGCACCUGCGUUUUCAAAUCCAACAACGAGUCCGAACUCCUUGCGAACGUCUCCAAGACCUUCUCUGCCUGGCGCGCAGGCGACGCCAUUGUCAUCGAGAGAUAUUGCGAAGGACCCGAAUGUGACGUCAACAUCGUCCUGCUGAACGGCGAGCUGCUCUUCAGCGAGGUCGUCGACGAACCGCCAAGCACCGCUGACCUGGAUUCGACCUCGCCUAUGGCCACCUUCGCCGAGUCGCAAGCCAUCACGCCAUCGAUCCUACCGGCCAAUGAACAGGCCGAGCUGAUCGCUUCGGUCAAGGAGAGCGUCCUGCGCCAAGGUUUCCACAGUGGCGUGUUUCACUGCGAGGCCCGCGUGCGGGAUUCCACUGUGCAGUAUGCACCUCUGGCCGGCAGCGAAGCGAUGCUCGAUCUGCAACCCGUGCCUGUCAGCCCCACGGAGCCGUCGUCGACUUUCUUGCUCGAAGUCAAUGCGCGCUGCCCUGGCUUGAUGAGCGCUUCAGCUACAUUGCUGACUUCCGGUGUGGAUUUCUGGAGUCUGCAGCUCCUGGCGGCGGUCGGCGAAUGGGAGCGUUUCCAACAAUGCGCCCAGCGUUUCGUCGACGAGGGCUGCUAUGUUAUGCUCGACACCUAUUUUGUUGAUGUGAGCGCCCAGUACGUGCAGUCGCUCUUCCCCGGCUUGGACAUCAGCCAUAUCGGCAAGCCGUACAUUGAUGAAGCUCACAACCCCAUGACGGCGCUUGACUCUACGCUGACUUCGAAUGUCGUCCGCCACGCCGCGAUGGUCAAGCCCGCGGCUAUGUAUGGCGGCGACGAGGAUAAAUGGCUCUGGCUCGAGACGGUCGUGCUCCUGUCUAAUGAUAGCCGGGAG